AUGCACCCCUGGCGCCGCGCCUCCCGGGCCGCCCCCGGAGCCUCCUGCUCGGAGCCCGCGCGUCCGCUCGCUGGUGGCAACGCGAGGGUCUCGCCGGAGGUCUCCGCGGAGCAGGAUGAUGAAGGGGAGGAGGGCGACGUGGGGAGGUGGUCGGCCCUGGUGCCCGAGCUGCUCGACGACAUCCUUCGGCGCGUAGACGCCGGCGCCGAGAGGUGGCCACAGCGGCGCGACGUGGUGGUGUUCGCCUACGUGUGCCGCCGGUGGCGCGAGACGGCCGUCGCCUUGGUGCGGCCGCCGCUCCGGUGCGGGGGAAUCACCUUCCUCUCCUCGCUCAAGCAGCCUGGACCAAAGGAUGCGCCGAUACAGUGUUUCAUCAAGAGGAACAAGAAAAACUCGACUUUUCACCUUUAUCUCAGCUUAACACAAGGCUAG